AUGAGCGAGAUCACUCACCCCACUAUCAAGGAUGGCUGGUUCUCCGAGCAGUCCGGCAUGUGGCCCGGCCAGGCCAUGAACCUCAAGGUGAACCAGGUGCUUCACCACGAGAAGUCCAAGUACCAGGACGUUCUCGUGUUCGAGAGCAGCGACUAUGGCACCGUCCUGGUCCUGGACAACGUCAUCCAGUGCACCGAGCGUGAUGAGUUCUCCUACCAGGAGAUGAUCACCCACCUCGCCAUGAACUCCCACCCCAACCCCAAGAAGGUCCUCGUCAUCGGUGGUGGUGACGGUGGUGUCCUCCGUGAGGUCGUCAAGCACGAGUGCGUCGAGGAGGCCAUCCUCUGCGACAUCGACGAGGCCGUCAUCCGUGUCUCCAAGAAGUACCUGCCCGGCAUGAGCAUCGGUUUCAAGCACCCCAAGUCCCGCGAGUACGUCGGCGACGGCUUCGAGUUCCUCAAGCAGCACAAGAACGAGUUCGACGUCAUCAUCACCGACUCCUCCGACCCCGAGGGUCCCGCCGAGACUCUUUUCCAGAAGCCCUACUUUGAGCUCCUCAACGAGGCUCUCCGCGAUGGCGGUGUCAUUACUACCCAAGGUUCCGAGAACCAGUGGCUUCACCUCUCUCUCAUCGCGGACCUGAAGAAGGCCUGCGGUGAGGUCUUCCCCGUCGCCGAAUACGCCUACACCACCAUCCCCACCUACCCCUCCGGCCAGAUCGGCUUCAUGGUCUGCUGCAAGGACGCCACCCGCAACGUCCGCGAGCCCGUCCGCUCAUGGACCCGUGAGGAGGAGGAGAAGCUCUGCCGCUACUACAACGCCGACAUCCACCGCGCCAGCUUCGUCCUGCCCAACUUUGCCCGCAAGGCCCUGGGUGCUUAA